GAAUUUUUAGGGGAAAGAACAUUUCAAACCUUGAAAUAAGGUCUGGCAGAUUUGAUAAUGGGUUUAUUUUAAAUUACAAGAGAAUGAGGUAUUUAUGGUCAAUUUGUUUGAAACGACUGACAUUGAAUAAUCUCUACAUUAAAGACAUACUUAUGUAUGCGAUGCAAGUAUUUUCUAUCAAAAGUACAUGUCUCGAGUACUUGGAAAUUUCUGAAAAUACCCUCUUCGACAAAGGAAGUUCCGCUGUAUUUUUUGAAGUGAAGAACUUAGAAAAUUUGAAAGUUUUAAAAAUUAUUAGAAAUUGGCGUACUUCGAGAUGUAAACGCUCGCAACCAUCAAACUUAUAUAGUUUUGUGUUUCCAAAAACUCUUGAAGAAUUGCACAUAGAACAUAACAUGGCUGGUGAUAUGGCCAAUGCCAAAUUUAAACACAAUGAAAAUCUUCGUGUGUUGAGCUUAAAAGACAAUGAAAUGUGGUCAUGCAUUGGUAGUUUUACAGGAAUUAUAAAUGUAGAGUAUUUUGAUAUGUCUGGAUGGAGAUGCGAAAAGCUUUCUAUUAACUUGCUUUAUGGUUUCCCAAAUUUGAAAACAUUGAAAGCAAGUGGGUCACAUUUAGGAAAAGGAUUUGUAAACCUUACGGGAGCUGGGUCUUUCUUGAGUAAGAAUCUGAAAUUGCAAGAUAUUAAUCUUUCGUCUAAUAGGAUAAGCAGUAUACCAGAUGGAUUAUUUUUGCGCCCGUUUGAGAAGUUAUCAUCAGUUAACAUGUCGUAUAACAAUCUCACAAUAUUUCCUAAGUUUCAUGCAAGUAUCAAAACAUUGAAAAUAAUUGAUUUAACCUUUAACAGUAUUACACACUUCAAUAAUGAAAAUAUUAAACGAAUAAAAAAGCUUGGAGAAGUUAAUUUACUGUUGAGAGGUAAUCCCUUUCAAUGUUCCUGUAAAACAAUACAGUUUUUAAAAUGGCUUAGUGAGACAAACCGAGUGCAAGAUAUAUUAGAUCUGACCUGUGAAACUGAAAAGGCUUCCAGAAGGUUUAUGUCUGAUGUUAUUUCUAAUCUAAAGACAUUUGAGAUGUCAUGCCAAACUAAAUUCUGGUUGCCGUUUGCUGUGUCUUUAACCUCCAUUAUCAUAUUUUCUAUGAUAUUAACCGUCGUAUUCUUUCGAUAUAAAUAUGCUGUUGAGUACUUAUUAUUGCGAUUAAAAAUGAAAAUGAGAAACUACAAGGAACUGACACAGGACUAUUAUUAUGAUGCUUUUAUAUCAUAUAGUCAUACAGAUUUGGAGUGGAUUAAACAGUUCCAUGACAAGAUAAGCAAUAUGGGCUUCGAAUUAUGUCUGGACGCUAAGAAUUUUAUUGGCGGUAAACCUAUAGCAGAAAACGUGCUCAAUGCCAUCGAUUCCAGUAGAAAGGUUAUAUUCGUUGUGACUCACAAUUUCUUAAAGAGUGAAUGGGGCUCUUAUGAAAUGGAAAUGACCCGUAUGCAUGCUUUUCAGAAGGGGAGAGAAGAUAUGGUGAUUGUUGUCGUAAAAGAUAAUAUUAAGAUAACCGAUAUGCCGGAUGUGAUGAAGAAUAUGUGGUUUAAAAUAACAUGUAUUCAAUGGCCAGAUGAUGACAACCUGCCAUACAAUACGGAGGAAAUAUUUUAUGAAAAGAUGAAAAUGUCUCUGAAAAUGAAGGAAGAAACUACUAUAUAAUAUUCCAGAAGUUCAGCAUAAAAAGUUUGCCAUCAUUUCAGAAUAAUUAUCAAAUUUGGGUAAAAAAACGUUGGUUAGUAGACAUUUUAUGUUUUUAUAGAUGUGCUAUGAACCCUGACACAAGAAAGAGAAGAAGUAGAACGUAUCUCCAGUCUAUGAUUCGUAUAUAAAUGUGGUCAUAUUCUUAACUUUGUUGCUCUUGUAUUCUCGUAAGUGUAUCACAUACUUGUUUUCAUUUUGAUUGUGUUAUAAAUCAUUUUUUAAAUUUUUUGCACGGUCAAACUUUUGGUUAUGAUUUUUCUUGUGAUUGAUAUAACAGAAACACGUGUUGUACUCAUAGAAUAUAUUUGUUUUAUUGUUGUUUGUUAGAAAUAUAUAUCAGAAUCAGAUAUGUAUCUAAUAGGUUAUUAUGGAUAAGAACAUUAUCAGUAGGAACAACAUAAUAUUUACGCAAUACUUGUUUUAGAUUGAUUGUGUUUAACGUAUUGUUUAGCUUAUUGCAAAUUUAGUGUCAGUCAGUUUCUGUUUGUGAAGGAAACCAAAGUACACAGAGAGAACAAUCGAGUUUGUAUUCUGUUUUAAGUGUGUUAACUUCUUAUGCAAAUUAGCUAACCCAUCCGCGACGCAUAUAAGAUAAACAUUCCUAUCGAUUAUCGAAACCUGGUGUGCUGUUGUUAAUUCAUUGAAUGUGUCCGCUGUAAUUCUGCAGUACAGUGUAAUAAGUACUGUUAUGUUUUUUCAGUUAUGUACUUCUCUGUGCUAAGUUCUGUUGUUUGUACCGCAUUCCUGUUACGUAGUGUGUCAAUUAACCGAUAUGUUAAACAUUGAUAUAUACGCAAGAGUUAACAAAACAACCAGGUGCAACCAACUUUGUAUCUGUAAAAUGUAAAACAUGGCAGUUGUUAUCUAAAGUCUGUUUCUACGUAUUUUAGCGCUUAUUUUGUAGCUCAAUGGUUUAGUUGUUCCGUUUUUGUUCCCCCGCUUUUAUUUAACGUGUUUCCCUCGGUUUUAGCUUUUGACCCGAAAAUGUG